CCUAUAUCCAUUCAUGGAUACAGAAGACUUCAGCUUCCCUAGAAUUUCUGAGAAUUGUUCAUAUCAUGGCAUUGAUUCACCUCCUUUAUGGAAUCUAUCACCAGCAACAGCCUCUCCUAACCCCUACAAAGGAAAUUAUGAUAAAGAACACUGCUUUGAAACAAAGGUAGUGACAUCAAAUAUGGGAGAGAGGGGUGAAGAGGAACAAAUGGAUUUGUUGUGGGAAGAUUUCAAUGAGGAGUUGACUUCGACAACGAUAGGUUCGGCUUCUGCUGUCUCUUUCUCAACAGAGUUGGUUGAAUUCAGGUGCGCCACGGCUUUUACACUUGCCAAGAAGUCGAAUGGUGCUCUUGUUCAUAGUAGUAAGAAUAGGCAUGGCAUGGUGGUGAUCGUGAAGGUCUUAAAGAAGCUCUUCUUCAACAACAACUCUCAUGGAAAAUCCACAAGGACAGUACUCUGAUGAAUAUCAUGUGUGAUUUCCUUUCUUUUCUUUAUACCAUUCUUCUUCUUUUCUUCUUCCUUCCCUUAGCAGUAGUCUAAUUCUUCCUCUUCCAUGAAAUGUAUAUGUAAACUUCAGUAAAUAUGAUGUUGGUUUGAUUUAUGGUUGGCCACAAUUCCCAUAACAUGACAUAAAAUACAUGUGCAUAUUAAGUACUACUAAGAGUAGUUUCAAGAUCAGUGGGGAAAAAUGUCAAUCUAUGAGUCCAUUGAAGUAACUGCGAAAUUGUUUUCUUAUUAUUUAUCAACUUUCAUUGCUACCUAAUUGUCAUCAACCAUGAGUUCUUCUGAUUUAA